GACCGCUGCGAGCUGCUGUCAUGGCGGCCGCUCAGUGGGGCUUCUUCUCGGUCCAGCUGCUGCUGCUGCUGCUAGCAGGGAAAGCCCGGAGCUCGGAGGUCCCCGGGGCCUCUGCCGAGGGGUCCGCAGGGGUUGGGGUCGGCAUAGGAGAUCGCUUCAAGAUUGAGGGGCGUGCGGUAGUUCCAGGAGUGAAGCCUCAGGACUGGAUCUCGGCGGCCCGAGUGCUGGUAGACGGAGAGGAGCAUGUCGGCUUCCUUAAGACAGAUGGGAGUUUUGUGGUUCAUGAUAUACCCUCUGGAUCUUAUGUAGUGGAAGUUAUAUCUCCUGCUUACAGGUUUGAUCCCAUCCGAGUGGAUAUUACUUCAAAAGGGAAAAUGAGAGCGAGAUACGUGAAUUAUAUCAAAACAUCAGAAGUGGUCAGAUUACCCUAUCCUCUCCAAAUGAAAUCUUCAGGUCCACCUUCUUAUUUUAUUAAAAGGGAAUCAUGGGGCUGGACAGACUUUCUGAUGAACCCAAUGGUUAUGAUGAUGGUUCUUCCAUUGUUGAUAUUUGUACUUCUGCCCAAAGUGGUCAACACAAGUGAUCCUGACAUGAGACGGGAGAUGGAGCAAUCAAUGAAUAUGCUGAAUUCCAACCACGAAUUGCCUGAUGUUUCUGAGUUCAUGACAAGACUCUUCUCUUCAAAGUCAUCUGGUUACUAAAUCAGCAAAAAGACAACAGCAAAAAAGACUGGUUCCAAACUCUUAUUUUCCCUUUUGUAAUAGGUGCCAUUGUUCACUUUGAAAUGAGGUACGUAGGUUUUCUUUUGAAGAAAUAAGUUCCAAUGCAGGACAUUUGUAUCAUAUAAAGGAAGAACUAUAUCUCUGUAACACUAUAUCUUUGGUAACGCUAAAAUUACCAAACUGGUUACUUUACAAGUGAUUAAGGUGGGAAAACUGGUUAAUGUGAGAACUGGAUCUUUUAAAAUAGAGUAAUUUAUUGAAAAUAAAAUAUUAGAACGGCAAUUAAAUGAAAGUUAUAAUUUAAAGGAGACAAUAUGUAUAAUAAGAGUCAUAGUUGUAUAUCCAGAAAUCAUGAAAAAUUUCAAAAUCUGGAUUGUCAAAAUUUGUAUAUGAAAUACCUAAUGAAAAAGAAGUUAGAAAGCACUGCCAAGAAAAUUACCAUUUCAAGUGUUAAGAAACUAUGUGUGGUUAUUUUACAUAGAUUCUAACACCAUCUGAAUGUAAUAUAUUUAUAUAUCCCUUAUAUUGCAGAAUGCUAUUACAUCACUUGCAUAUUGCAAAUUUUACCUUUGCAUAGAACCUUCAUCAAAUGCUUAAUGUGCUUACAGGUGCAGAAAUGAUUGUAUAUUAUUAGAAAAUAGGGGUUUAGUGCAAAGAGUCCUGGUUUGCCUGCUAAAUAAAUUGCUUUGUGACUUUGGGCAAGUCACUUUCCCUCUUUGCACCAUGUCUUGUUCAUUGUAUUUCCAGCACUGAGCAUGUAGA